AUGCCGUCUGGUAGAGAAAGCGUCACUCUUCGCUACUGCCUUCCCUCUGCGACGCCAGCUCACUCCUGCAGCUUCCAGCACUCCUGCAGCAUCCAGCUCACUCCUGCAGCUUCCAGCACUCCUGCAGCAUCCAGCUCACCCCAACAGCUUCCAGCGGCCUCCAGCUCACCCUUGCGGCGCUCUACUGAUGUCCCGCUACCUAUUCCAGCACCUACUGACAUCCUAAUCCAGUGCCCACUGACGUCCAGCGCCCGUUAUCUUGUAUGGUCGAUUGGCACUCACACCUCUCGGCCCGCUGCACCAAGUGGUGACCCCGACGUGAUUUAUGGACACAGGCAAACGGCUAGCAGAGAAGAUGGCGGAACACACCGAAACAGAAAUCAACACAUCAGCUGCCCUGAUACAACUACCGCCAUACAACUCGAAGUUGAUUUAUUCAACUUGAGGCGAUAUUUUCAGCACGAAAGGUCACACGGCAGGACACUAAAUACGCCUCCGUGGUACAAGCCUUACCAGCAUCAAUCGUUGAAGAAGUGGAAGACAUCCUUCUCAAUACCCCGGACCAACUCCUCAUCAGAGACUUAUUCUCUAAUGUGUCUCUCGGCGAUAGGACACCAUCCCAGCUCCUCCGCCUGA